AUGCUAACACGUGUGUUUGACAGGUCCUGGAACAGCAGUGACUUCCAACCUUCUGCCAUCCUGUUUGGGAAGAAUGAAGUGUUGGUGGAGCAGAAAUCUCCAGGAUUAAAGAAAAGAGAGACAGAGGUGUACGUGGGCAAUCUCCCGCUGGAUAUCUCUGAGGAGGAAAUUCUGUGCCUUCUGAAGGACUUCAGCCCUCUCCAUGUCCACAAAAUCCAGAAUGGCUGCAAGUGCUUCGCAUUCGUGGACCUGGGCUCUGCGCAGAACGUGGCACUUGCGAUCCAGGGAUUAAAUGGCAAGCUCUUCCACAAACGAAAAUUGUUCGUGAAUACAAACAAGAGGCCCCCCAAGAGCAUCUCUGACUUGGCCAACAGGCCCGAGGAGCUGCCGGUUUCAGAGCAGGCUUCUGGUGAAGGAAUUGCCCAAACCGCUGCACGUGCACAGCUCACUCCCAAGGCUUCUGUUGACCCUUACAAGACAGAGAAACCGAGGGCAACCUCCUUUGCAGUUCCCAUGGAAAUGAGAGGCUCCUUCCUGGUGCUGCUGCUGCGGGAAUGCUUCCAAGACCUGAGCUGGCUGGCCCUCAUCCACAGCAUCCACGGGGAGGUGGGACUGCUGGUGACCAGCAUCGUCCCUCAGACCCCAUUUUUCUGGGCCAUGCACAUCACCAAGACUCUGCACCAGAACAUGCAGGCGCUGUUCAGCUCCCUGGCAGAGGCGGAGGAGCGGCAGCCUUACCUGGACGACUCCGCUGUGCGGCGCGGGGCCCGCUGUCUGGCAGAGUACCACCUGGGCGCUUACGGCCACGCCUGGAACAGGUGCUGGGUGCUGGACAGAGUGGACACCUGGGCUGUGGUCAUGUUCAUUGAUUUUGGCCAGUCGGCCACCAUCCCUGUGCAGUCUCUGCGCAGCCUGGACAGCGACGACUUCUGGACCAUCCCACCUCUGACUCAGCCGUUCAUGCUGGAGAAAGACGUUUUGAGUUCAUGCGAGGUUGUCCAUCAAAUCCUCAAAGGGAAAAUCACUGGCGCUUUGACCUUUGAGUCGCACAUCCUGAAGUUUGAGGUGUUUAAAUAACGGGACUACCCUCACAUGUUUCCUCUCCCCA